GAGUUAUUGGACCUUGGCCGAGACCCCCCUACCCAGUGUUCAGCUGGCCCGGUUGGAGAGGAUUGUGAGUUUCCUGUCCCUAUUUAAUUUUGUCUUAGUAUUUCAUUGGCAAGCAACGAUCAUGGGGCCCGCGGAUAGUCCUUUUGAGGGUGGGGUUUUUUUCCUAGAUAUCCAUUUCCCUACAGAUUAUCCCUUCAAACCCCCCAAGGUGCAUUUUACCACUAAGAUCUAUCACCCCAAUAUAAAUACUACUGGAAGUAUUUGCUUGGAUAUAUUGCGUUCACAAUGGUCUCCAGCACUCACAAUUUCGAAAGUUCUACUUUCCAUUUGUUCUCUACUCACCGAUCCUAAUCCCGACGACCCAUUAAGUCCGGAAAUAGCACGUUUAUACAAAGGCGAUCGAAAAAAGUAUGAUGAAGUCGCUAGAGAAUGGACGCAAAAAUAUGCUAUGUGA